UUUCAAACACGGGCUGAAUAAGCGUGUUCAGCCUACCCAGCAGGGUUUGCGCAUUGGGGGCCGUCAGCCUGCUCCUUUCUUCCUUUCGACGACUUGUUUGAAGAAUGCGCCGUGCCGGGCUUAUUGAUCUUGUGGAUAACUACACCUUCAGCUACCAUGACCGACAUUCAAGGAUUUGCCAUUCGUCGGAACAACUCCUGUCUGAGCGAUGAAGUGGGCUGCGGCAAGACUUGGGAUGACUGGCACGCGUGCUGUCCCCACGGCUCCUACUGUCCCGGCUCACGGAUUUCAAUCCCAAACAAUGUCUGCUGCCCGAGCUGGACGGAUUGUACGGCCGACAUUGACCCUCCGAAAUGUGCAAAUAAUACCUGGAAUAUGUAUAAUUACACGGGAUCUUUCUGCUGCAUGAGCGAUCAGACCGGUUUCAUGUUCAAGGGGACGGACUGGGUGGGCUGUUUAGACCCCGACUCGCCGGGAAAUGCCAGCUACAGUGCACUCAGGGUGAUCAGUUCCGCUACCUCGACUGCGAGUGCUACAUCGACUGCGGCUUUGACUUCCACGGCGAACACUGAAGCAACGACAACAGCAUCGGCCUCCGCUACCCCUGGGCCAAGCUCAAAUAGCUCCUCACAUACCAACACUGGCGCUAUAGCAGGUGGUGUCGUGGGUGGUGUCGUCGGGGUAGCUGCCAUCGCUGCGCUCCUGUUCUUUUUCAUGAGACGUUCCAGGAAACAGCAGCCACAGACACAACCUCAGGGUUUGGGUCAGUAUCCGCAGUAUGGCUACGGUGGAAAACCAUUAUCACCACCGAGCGAGCUAGAUAGCCAUCCGGUGCCGGCAGAGCUGAUGUCAACGGUUGGACCAAAGCAUGAGUUACCAGGGAGCCACUGAAGCAUUUGGUUGGCUGGAAAUAUACCCACAUUGCACAUACAGGCUAGCAUAAUCUUUGUCUUACCCCAAUGGGAGAGGAGCCGCAGGCAGCAUAUUGCAACUGAAUGACUCUGGAAGACAGGCACACCGAUUUGCUGCGUUGGAAUUGGGUUAAAUCUCAAG